AUGUUGAUGGAAGUUGUUGAAAAGAAAUCUAAGAAAGAUUGUUGGUUAAUGAAUAGAGAUGAAAUGAAUUUAAAUCAAAAGAAAAUUUUCAAGAAUGAUGGUGUUAAUGUUGAAGUUAGAGUUUGUGGUAAUGUUUUCCUUGAAUAUGUUAAAGGUCACAACCUCGUUUGGUACAACAACACCAAUCAAGAUAAAAAACUCUUUCUUUAUCCAAAGGCUGCAAAUUCCUGUGAAAAUGAUCCAAGUUGUAUUGACUCCGAUGGUCAUGGUCAUGGAUAUGUUAUUUCUUUCCUUUGCAACAAUAGAAAAUGUUUAAAUCCAAAUCAUCUAUAUUGUGAAGAUAGAUUAACAAAAAGAGAUAAUUGUCAUUCUCCUAAAAUUAAUGGAGUGUGCAAUCAUUCUCCAAAGUGUUUUAUUAAAGGUAUUGAUGAAUCUUUUGAAAGUAACAGUGAAGAUUAUGAUCAUAAUACUGAAAUACACUAUGAAGAGGAAAGUGAUCUAUAA